CUUUGCCAAUGCGCUGCCGAGCAGGCGUGGGGAGCGGUGGCGCGCCGAGACGCUGACGCACGGCGACGUAUCGUGCAGCGCCGGAUCGCAGCGCGCGAAUCGGGUAGCCCUUUCGCACUAGCGCACAGCCCCACCUGAAACCCAGGGCAGCCAGCACGAUGGUGCUCGCGCUCAUCAAGAAGCCCUUCGUCUGGGUGUGGGCACUCAUAACAGCACCAAUACGAUGGCUGCGCGGCGGCAGGAGGAGGCACCGGCGCGGCCUCUUCAGCAAAGUGGGCGACCUGAUGCCGACGUUUUCGUUUAUGUCGUUCGUCCGAGGCGGUCAGGACGAAUCAAUACCGAUGCAGUGCGAGCGCGACCAGCAACCAGGCGAGGAAGCGCCGCCCGCGCGAGUGGUGGAAGAGGAAGCGCCGCCUCCCCCAAAGAAGAAGCGCGUCGCGUGGUCGAAGAAGGCGGCCACGACCAAAUUACAAGCUAGAUGGCGCGGCAGGAAAGCGAGGCAGAACUCGAAGCGGCGGGCGCCGCCCCGACGGCAGCAGUCCUUCUCCGAGGGUACCCUUGGCAUACAUAGGGACGUGCAUCCCCUUACCAGGGAAGACAUCUUGGCUCGGAGAGCUAUCGCGCACUGUCGCCUAAGGCAGAAGGUCGGGCGCUUCGUUACGGUAGCGUGGCCCGUGCUCAACUUCGUGAAAAGCUGUAUCAGGUGCUACGUCGGCACUUGCUUACGAGUGUUACUCUUCAUUUUUGUCCAAUUGCCGAUGCUGGGACGAACGAGGAGGGACUUCAAGUGGCCUCUGCUCACAGCAGCCUGCAACGCCUUCCUGACGCUGUUCUGGCCGCGACUGCGAAUCAUCGUCUCGAACGUCUUGCGGGAUCGCGUCCGAGAGAUCGUCAACGAUGUAUUAGAUGGCAUGCCCAAUCCACCAAUCAAGUCACUGGUCUCGCUAGAAUGCAACCUCGGCCGACGAGCGAUCACGAUCGAAGAGGCGUGGCUCUCGACGUCCUACCACUCCUACGAUUUCCUAGACUUACACCUAGUUUGCUCCUUCGAAGGCGACACGCUGGAGUUAGUUUCCGAUUUAUGUGUCGAUUCCAGGAAUAAACUCCUCCCGCAGCUCACGGCGGUCGUCCGAGGUUUAUCCUUUCAAUCCGAGCGCCUCAAGGUCAAGUUCGGACCCUUGUCGACGUCAUUGCCCUGCUUCGGCGCCCUGCAAGUCGCCUUCGCCGAGGCUCCGAAGGUAGACCUCCGGGCCAAUGUCACUGCCUUAGAUGCGAUCUCCCUGACCGGUUUUAGUUCGUUCAACGUCAUCAAUAGUUUUGUGGAGAAACUCGUGCAGAAUCUACUGCGGAACCACUUCUGCUGGCCUAGAGCAGUUAUUGUACCAACAAAAGGCUGGGCCCACAAUAUUGGGGCCGUGCCGCGAUGCGACGAGGAGUGGUGGGGUGAUGGGAUAAGGUUGGAGAAGCAGCGGGAGCUCGUGAAGGGGGCUUUAUCUUUAUCUGUAUUUGACUGUGCGACGGCGGGGCCCAUGUCCAUUAACGGCUCGACGUUCUAUGUGCGAGCGAGCGUUGGUUCUAGGAUAAAAGAAGCUCCCCUCGUCUUGAACGACCGCUCUGAAAACGCACAGUGCACCUUCGACUUCCACAUCAAGCCCGAUGUGGAUGACAUCAAACUAGAAGUGUAUGAGCGAAGUAAGAAAAAAGACCUAGGCGUAAGUACGACGAAGGACAUGUUACUCGGCCAGGCCGUGCUCGAUCACGUGCAAUCCAUCGAUAGCUUGCCGCCCCACGUCAAGGUGCGACGCGUCUUAAAACUGGAAAAGCAGCAGACCCAGCUCCAGAGCGGCCUGGAGUACGUUGAGAAGAAGAUGGGCAAGGUGUACCGCAAGGUCGUCAAGGCCGAGGAGGAGGUCAUCCACGAAGGCAAGGUCUGUUGCGGGUGUGCGAAGGACCAACGGACCCACAAGACCUCGAAAGUGGCCAAGAAGGCUAGAAAGAAAGCUGUAGGCGACGAGCGGAAGCUGCCCGAGAAGAGUUCGUUCACCCGCAAGCACUCAUUUGAUUCUCCUAGGGCUUCGUCGGGCCUCGGUUUCAGAGCGACGCAACUGAAAGUCGGCCUGGAGUGGGCGCCGGCCUUGACUCUACGUCGCCAUUUCCACCACCGCCUCAUGCUCGGUCUGGUGGCGGUGUUGGUCGUCGCGAUGGGGCGGUGGGUGUACGCGGAGAUCCAUAGUCGGACGUGGUUGGCGGACUUCUGCGGCCUCGCGGUCGAUGUCGUCGCGUCGGGCGCGCUCGCGGCGCCGUUCCUCGUGACGGCCGGGAUGAGGCUGCUGCACCGGGCGCACGACUAUGCCGCCGGCGACAUCUACGCCGACGCAUCGGCGGGGAAAGUGAUAGCCGCGGAGGACUGGUAGCUCGGCGCUUAAGUUUAUUUGUGUA